AUCUGCCUCGUUUUUUCUCAUUUCUUUUUUUGUUUUUGUUUGAAAUUCAUUUUUCUCCAUUUCACUUUUAUCUCUUCAAUGACUCAAAUUUAUUUUACCUCUUUCAUCUUCUCUUUCAUUUACAAACCAGCCUUACUUUUCCUAUGUCUCUCACUGAGAAUGCCAAUGGUGGCACCUAGAAGAGAGCUUAUUGCCUUUGGAUUUGAUCCCGAGGAAAACAAUCUUGCCUUCAACCAUGGGGAUUUGAGAGGAAAUAAAUGUGGGAAUGGUGAAGGAAGGGAUGAGAAUAAGAAGAUGGUGGCAUUUGAGAGGAGUGAAGCCGUUGUUGUCUUGGAGUGGAGGAUUUGGGAGAAUCUGGUGAGGUGGGAAGAAGAUGGGGAGGAGUGAUAAUGUCAGAAAAUUUGAAAAGGCUAAAAUGUUACUUUUAGCUUAUGAAUUUCUAAAAUCAAGAAUAAUAAAUUGUUUUUCUUAAU